GACGGUACCAGAAGCAAAAAGGUUUCAUGUACAAAGUGUACCGGCCCUCAGCUGUUCACCCUCACCAUCCUCAUGUUACGUGGAGGUGCUUUAAGUUCAACUAAACCCCACUGAGUCCCUGUCACGGCGGAGGAACCGCUCUUUAACCGUUACCGUUACAGGGGGGAACCUUUCAGCUGCCGUAUUUCUACACGGAACACUGUCACACCGGGACCGUAAAUACACCGUCGUAGCUGUUCCUGCGGUGUAGCGGAGAGGGAAAGGAUGGAGGUUUAAGGUUGUAUAUCACCAGCUUCAAUGAAACUAAAAGGCGUCUUCGGUAGACGUGAAAGUAGAGCCGUUAAGUUUGCUGGUUCCGGUGUGAAAGUGUGACUGAAGCCGGAGAUGGAGUCGUGUCGGCGGACAGGACUCAGCGGGGUCCUGUGCUCUCUGUCACUGCUGUGUGUCAUCCUGGAUAUCCAGCUGGACGGUGUCUUGGGGGCGACUCAUGUCGAGAUCGAGCACCACUUGGAGAUGGGCCGCAAACUUUUGGCUGCUGGUCAGCUGGCCGAGGCCUUGUCCCACUACCACUCGGCUGUGGAGGGAGACUCUAAGAAUUACCUGACCUACUACAAGCGAGCUGCAGUGUUUCUGGCGAUGGGAAAAUCCAAAUCUGCCCUGCCAGACCUCACCAGAGCCAUCCAGCUCAAACCCGACUUCCUGGCUGCCAGGUUGCAGAGAGGGAAUAUCCUGCUGAAGCAGGGUAACACUGAGGAGGCCAGGGAGGACUUUGAAGCCGUGCUGCAGCGCUCCCCAGACCACGAAGAAGCUCAGGACCAGCUGAUGAAAGCGAACGAGCUGGAGGAGCUGCAGGAGGACGCACAUGCCGCAUACCACCAAGGAGACUACAGCGCCACCAUCAGCGUGCUGGAGAGAGUCAUUGAGAUCUCUCCUUGGGAUCCUGAGUCGCGGGAGCUCCGUGCAGAAUGUUACAUCCGCAUGGGCGAUCCUCAGAAAGCCAUCCUGGAUCUGACACCGACCACGAGGCUACGCAACGACAACCGCGCCGCCUUCCUGAAGCUCAGCAUGCUGCACUACAGCCUCGGGGAUCACCACGAGUCACUCAAUCACAUCCGGGAGUGUCUGAAGCUGGAUCAGGAUGACAAGGAGUGUUUCAGCCACUACAAGCAGGUGAAGAAGCUCAGCAAGCAGCUGGACGCAGCAGAGGAGCUCAUUGAGCAGACGAGGUACGAGGAAGCUAUUGAAAAGUAUGAAUCAGUGAUGAAGACAGAGCCUAAUGUCCCACACUACACUAACCUGGCCAAAGAGAGGAUCUGCUUCUGCCUUGUCAAGAUUAACUUGGCUCAGGAGGCCAUAGACGUGUGUUCAGAGGCUCAUCAGAGAGACCCUCGCAACGCCAACGUCCUCCGAGACCGAGCCGAGGCUUAUAUCCUCAACCAGGAGUACGAGAAAGCCGUGGAGGACUACAUAGAGGCGAGAGAGUUUGACGGCGAAGGCGACCGCAUCGAUCUCAAAGAGGGCCUGGACCGAGCACAGAAACUGCUGAAAAUCUCUCGUAAGAGGGAUUACUACAAGAUCCUCGGUGUCGGCAGGAAUGCAAACAAGCAGGAGAUCAUCAAGGCGUACAGGAAGCUGGCGCAGCAGUGGCACCCCGACAACUUCCAGUCUGAGGCGGAGAAGAAAGAAGCAGAAAAGAAGUUUAUCGACAUCGCGUCAGCUAAAGAAGUCCUCACUGACCCAGAAAUGAGGCAGAAGUUUGACGCAGGUGAGGAUCCCCUGGACCCGGAAAACCAGCAAGGUGGCGGCGGAGGUGGAGGGCAGGGCUGGCCGUAUCACUUCAACCCGUUUGAGUCUGGCGGCAGCUUCCACUUCAAGUUCCACCACAACUAGAGUGGCGGAGGUGACGAACACGAGGGGGGGUGGGGGUUGGGGACAUUUGGGAAGAUCAAUAGCGGAUUUAUGGAGAAGUCUUCCUCAGAACUUGUGCUUCAGCUUGGACACAGUUUCGUCGGUUACUUGAACCUUUUGUUUUUUAACGCAGCGGAGGCUUGAGCUGUACAGUGAAAGGAAAAUGGACUUCCAGCCACUAACACUAAAGAUGUGACCGUGGCUGCUGUCGAAUUAACUCAUCGCUGUGGUUGAAGAAAAUGAAGUCAACACUUGAGAUCCUUAGGAACGGAAAGGUGGUGGUUGAAAGCAGUCGAUGUGGGUGUCUGCUCUUGUUCCUCAUUUCUUUCUUUGUGCCAUUCUUUGAACCUUUUGUGAAGGGGCUCUUUUUUUAAUGCAGUAGUUGUUCGGACAGUUCGUAGGAGGACUGUCAGUGUGUUGGUUUCUGCUCACAGUAUUCUGCAGAGGAAUUACAUGUUUACCGAUCUCCAUAUUUUUGACCAUGUCAAACUUCUCUGUGCUAUAGAACUGAGAUUUUUAUACAUCAUGACAUCAGGAGGCAUUUUGUUUGAGCGUCUACAUUGAUGGUGAGUAGGCGAGACUUCAGCACUGUUAAAGGAAACUUGUGGGUGAAAUCCUAUGGGUCUUAAAUCAGUGAUUGUUUUUGAUUUGAUUUUAUGAGGUACGUUUAAUAUUCUUCAACCUGGUCACUUCUUGUCUAGUGUUUUUGUGUCAACGCGAGACUAACGAAGACCAAUUUUUUAAACUGGUCCAGUAUUGAGCGAGAGCACUGCAGUUGGCAGCAGUGAAACAGGCUGCAAUUUUAGCACUCGGGGCUUGUUCGCACCCUCAAUUCACGUCCACUUUAAGUGCGUGUUUUUGCCACUGACAGGCUCAGGUUGUUAUUCUAAGUGUCUGAUAUAAUGGAAACGAUCCAUACAGAGAUAGACCUUUUUGUUAAAGAGAAAGAUCCCUUCAGUUUAACCAAAAACAGCCUUGAAAUUGUGAUCACCAUACACACCAAACUGCAUUUAAAUAAUUAGUAAUUUCAGCAUGUAUAGCGCCAGAAUAUUUUCUUAUGGAAGGGGGUAAACUAAAGGUUUAUUUCAACCAAACCAGAGUUGGUGAUUAUUGGAACAGUGGAAACAUGAACCAAGAUGGCCUUUGUGAGUUUUAUUUUAUUUCUGUUGACUUUGUGUGUUUUACGAUGAUAAAAUUACUGGUCAUUUAACCCUUUAAAACCUGAGCACAUUGGCUUGAUUUCUUUCAAAAACAUGGAAAGAAGGCAACGAGCAACGAAAGAGUGAAUGACAUAAAAAAAAUUGCAAGAAAUUAGUAAAAAGAGAAAAUUAAAAACAAGAAAAUUGGUUAAAAAAAAAGUUAAACAAACAAGAAAAUGAAUCUAAAUCUACAAAUUUUUUCGCCAUUUGUGGGACGUUUUUUUUUACCAAGUUGCUCAUUGCAUUUUUUCUCAUAUUUUUCUAAAGAAAUUGCACCAAUUUGUGCAAAAUUAAAAAGUUAAAAUACUUGCGAAAUGUGUCUAAAAGCAGUACAAGAAAAAAUUGUCAUUCCAGGUUUUGAAGGGUUAAAUGGAGUCUACUUGGUUUCACAACGGUAAUUUUGGGGCUGUUUCUGGUUAAACAAGAAGGGCUAUCUCUGUAGGGAUCCUUUUAUAAUGUUGCCAGACACUUAAAAUAAUAAUCUGAGCCUGUCAGUGACAAAAACAAACACCUUUAGUGGACGUAAAUUGAGGGUGCAAACAUUCCCAGGAAUUGACAAUAAAGAAUUCCAGGCUGUUUCUGGUUAAAGAAAAGGGUCUAUCUUUGUAUGGAUCAUUUCCAUAAUGUUAUCAGACACUUAAAUAAUAAUCUGAGCCUGUCAGUGGCAAAAACAAAAACUUUCAGUGGACGUACAAUUGCCCUUAAUAGCUACAUCGCAGCCUGUUUUACUCAGUACUAGACCAAUUUCAAAAAUUGUUGUUGCCAUCAGUCAGACACAAAAACAUGGGAAAUAAGGGCCCAGGUUGAAAACAGAGAACUUACCCUUUAAAUUAUGAUUUGUUUUCAGCAGCUAUCUAAUCAGAAUAAUGUGUGAAUUUUGUAUUUCAGUGGAAAUAUUAUCUCUUCAACAGGCUUUAUAUCCGGGUUUAAAACAUUACGGAUGUAACUGUUAAUUAAAACUUACGUCACCAUAUUUAACUGACGAAAAAAGUUAAAUAUUCUGGACAAAAGCAGAGCAAUUCAUGACUGAGUCCAAGGUUGUAGUAUUUCGCCCUUUUCCCUCGUCACUCAUUUCAAAGCACGUCUUUGAAAACUUGCACUUUUACCUUUUAUGUUUGAAAAACCACUCCACAUCUCCUCCACUCCUGAAACGUUACUGUGGGCUUUAGAAAAGCCUUUCAAAGACUCUUUACAAACCAAGUGUGUCUUCUGUGGUUCUCUCAAAGCCUCAUUUUGGAAAGGUCUAUCAGAAAAAUGCACAUUUAAAAUGUGAUGCUGAGCUGGAGCGGGUGUGUUGCAUUAGUUACAGGUCUGCGACGUAUUGUAUGUAAUUCAUAUACAGUGCAUUUGUAUAAUUUGUCUGACAGGAUGCAUUUGAAAAUAUCAGUGAGGCUCCAGUUUUACAGCCAGGAAAGACACACAACAGUUUAAUAAAGAUCUGACUUUCUCAGUACAAACUACGUUAUUGUGUCACUAACAGCUUAAAGAUACAGUGACCAUAACAGCUUUCUGUCCACUGCUCGACUGUGUGAACCAGAUGUGACCGGCUCUUUGUAUUUAAAUGGACUGAGUGGGAUGGUUUUGUUUCUGGGUUUUCUUUUUAGGGGUUUCUGCUGUUUGUGGCAUCAAUUUUACUGUUGCCAGACUGAGUCAGCUGACAUGCUCAAGCAUAUUAAAAUAUUGAAACAA